AUGGUCAAAGCUAUGCAGCAGAGACAACCCAUUCAAAUAGCCCGAGAUCUCUGGCGUCUCUCCCGGUUUAACAAGUAUAACCCAUUUUUGGGUACCUUUGCUGGUGUAUGGUCCACUUUCCUAGCGGGCAUUAUCAAAGUCCACACCGAGCCUAGUACGACCGAGCUACCUAAUAUGUUUCGACAAAUCGGACUAUGCUUCCUUUACUGUUAUGUCCUUACUGGUGCAGGGAUGGUCUGGAAUGACUGGGUCGAUCGCGAUAUCGACAGCCAAGUAGCACGAACAAAAGACCGCCCCCUCGCGUCAGGGAGGAUCAAGACAACCGAGGCGCUCAUUUGGAUGAUGGUUCAAUAUCUUGUUGCGUGGUGUAUACUAGAUUUCAUGCUGGCUGGUGAAGAUGUGCUCUUUUCCUUGGUCCCAACAACCAUCGGAAUUGUCCUGUAUCCAUUCGGCAAGCGACAAACCGCCCAGAAGCUUGGAAUAUACCCCCAGUUUAUUUUAGCCGCAGCAGCCGCAUGGACCAUUAUUACUGGGGGUGCAGCGAUCUCACCGCAGUCUCACGAUUAUCAGAUGCCGCUGUGUUUGCUGGUUGUAACCUGGAUUCUAUAUAUCAAUACUGCCUAUAGCUACCAGGACAUGGUCGACGAUGCAAAGAUGAAAGUCAAUUCUCUCUAUGUUCUCGCCGGUGGACAGAUCAAGCUGUUUGUUGCGGUGUUGGCGGUUAGCGUUCUCAUCUCCAUUGCUUGGAUAUUGACGCAUGUACAUGCGUCAGCGUGGCUCUGGAUAUCUUGGAUGGGAGUUUGGUCGGCGUCUUAUGUGGAACAGUUGAUAGGAUUCUCGGCGAAGGAUCCUGGGAGUGGAGGCGCUGUUCAUGCUAAGAACUUUGUCCUUGCGAUUUGGACCUUUGCGGCUUGUAGUGUUGAGCUUGUUUUGGGUCAACAUCCAAGACUUCAUUAG